AUGACAGGGUGGAGCAAGCUCAACAUUGAUGGAUCUUCAUUGGGGAACCCAAGCGCCACUGGUGCAGGAGGCAUCUUCAGGGAUCACCUUGGCGCUCUUGUAAGAUGCUUUGCUUCCUACCAAGGGGUGGGAACCAAUUACAUGGCUGAAAUGGCAGCCUUCAUGGUAGGGCUAAAUGAGGCUUGUGGCUUAGGCAUAGAGAAGCUCUGGAUUGAAAGUGACUUGGCAGCCUUGGAGCUCCAGCCUGCUGUAGCUGACGGUGGUGUUGCUCUCGGCCUCCUUGCUCGGGGAACAUCUCCUACUCUGAGGGCAAGCGAUAAGUGUCAGCGAGAGAAAAGAAAGACGAUUAAUGGUGAUGAUCUGCUCUGGGCGAUGGCGACGUUGGGUUUCAAAGAUUAUAUUGAUACCCUUAAGGUGUAUCUGAAUAGGAACAGAGAGAUGGAGGGUGAUACCAAGGGAUCUGCAAAGAGUGGUGAUAAAAGGGAUGCUGUUGGAGUUCAACCUGGUCCAAAUGCACAGAUUGCUCAUCAGGAAUCCUUCACACAGGGAGUGAGCUAUAUGAAUUCUCAAGUAAUAAUUUUACCUCUGUUUCUAUUUCAGCAUUUAGAUCAACAUAGACAUUCCGAUCAAGCCGGACAUUAA